AUGGCAUCGUGUUGCAUGUUACCCAGAAGUACCUCAUCAGGAAAACCUCAACUUCCAGUUGCUCCAGCCAUUGACGACUUUGAAACGGACUUCGAUGGAGCAUGCUUGCAGUCGUUCCGAUUAUCCACCUGGCGAUUUCUCGAGGAUCCACAAUCAUCGGUGCCAGCCGCUAUUUUUGCCAUUCUCUCGGUUGUUUUAGUCUUUGGUAGUGUUUUCGGGUUGAUACUUGGCUCAAUGCCAGAAUUUCAAGAAGAUCCUAGCAAUGCUUCUGCAUAUCAUGCAAUGCACGCUAAGACCAGUGAGGCGGAGAAACUCCACAAAUUUCUCCCAUCGGCUACAAAAAACGAGGACUUUCCUAAUUUCGUUUAUCGGCCGACUGACAGUCCGAAUUUUGUUCUCGUACUACUCGAGUACGUCUGCAUUGGAUGGUUCACCUUUGAGUACCUAAUAAGACUGCUUAUAUACCCGAAGCGAGGUGAAUUUCUCCGGAAAACUCUCAACAUCAUCGAUAUGUUAACCAUUCUGCCGUUCUACCUGGAGAUGUGUAUGCCGUUUCUCGGUGUCGAAUCGCACUUCAAGGAGAUCACCGGUACGGUUUGGCGAUUUACUGUACUUUCAUGA